CCCUGUCAAACUUCAAUACUGAGCGUUAAUGGUAUGAGGGAACCAAGCCUCUAGUUUGCAAAGCCAUCUGUUACCAAAGCAUGAUCUGUUGAACGAAGCAUGAUCCUUGGCCCUAGUCCUAGCUCAGAGCUGCUCCAAGACAACUUGGCCCAUCUCAGGCUCUCAAUUCACUUGUUCUAAGUUUGCACACCAGUCGUCUCCUUGAGUUUUUCCAACUUUCACAAAGCAUUGAGUGGUGGUACUUUUCAAGUCAGUGGUGGUUUACCACAUUGGCGGCAAAGCUUCACUCGGUACAUCGCAUCAACCUUUCAGCAGCAAUGGGGAAGAAGAGGAAGGUUGGCGCUGACGAGGUUGCUCUGAAACAGAGCGGGGCAAAAAAGUCCAAAGCUGAACCAGCCGGGGAGAAGGCACCGGCAGCGGUGGUAGAAGCGGGCAAUGGGGCCGCCAAGGAUGUCUUUAGAAAUAAAGAGAAGGUGCUCGUACUGUGUUCGAGGGGCAUCACGUAUAGGUACCGGCAUUUGAUGACAGACAUGCUCGAGCUGCUUCCCCACAGCAAGAAGGACGUAAAAGUCGAGUCCAAGAACAACAAGACCACGCUUAACGAGCUCGCCGACUUAAAAGGCUGUACCAGCUGCCUCUUCUUUGAGUGUCGGAAGAAGAAAGAUCUUUACAUGUGGCUCGCAAAGACGCCGUCAGGGCCCUCGGCGAAGUUCCUGGUGGCUGGAGUGCACACCAUGGACGAGCUGAAGCUGACGGGCAACCACCUGAAAGGCUCCCGCCCCGUCCUCUCCUUCUCCGCCGAGUUCGACCAGCUGCCGCAUCUGCAGGUCACCAAAGAGCUGCUCACGCAAAUAUUCGGCACGCCGAAGGAGCACCGCAAGGUGAAGCCAUUCGUGGACCACGUGUUCGCGUUCUCGGUGCUGGACGGCCGCAUCUGGUUCCGCAACUACCAGAUUGCGGUCCCCGCGCCGCUCGGGAAGCUCGACAAGGCGGCGCUGGAGAAGAUGACGCUCAUCGAGGUCGGUCCCCGCUUCGUGCUGAACCCGAUCAAGAUGUUCUCAAACAGCUUCGCGGGGGCGACGCUGUACGAGAACCCGGACUACGUCUCACCCAAUCUGCUGAGAUCGAACGAGAAGAAGGCCAAGGCUGGCAAGUACGUCAAGAAGGUGAAGGCCAAGCAACGGCGGAAAACGCACCUCGCAGCGAACCCGCUGCAACCGGACGAACUCGCCGAUGUAUGGGAGGACUGAGUGUAAGACGAUUGGACACCUUGAUCUGCCGUUCCUUUCAUUGCGAAUGUUUCUGAAUGCAUGCGCCUGUAACGUUCGACCCGGUGUCUGACUUAAUGUUUCAAGUGCUCAGUGCAUGACUUUUCCG